GCGUCCAAGAUAGAAAUUAGGGCUUUUCACGAUUUGGGAAAUAACUCCUAAUUUUUAAUUUGGGAUUUUUCGAUGCGUGCCUACUUCGCUUGCAAUCCACUCCAGCCACCAGCAAUGGCGCUGCGAUUCUCGAUUGGUUGAUCCAUCGCUACCUCCCACCCUCCCCCGCCCACCAAUCACAAUCACAAUCACAAUCACAAUCCUAAUCCCAAUCCCAAUCCCAAUCCCAAUCCCUUCUCAGAGAUCUUCAAUCCGUUUCAUAUGCAUCGCCGCAUUGCCUCCGUUCCCCACCCCCCAAUUCGCCGCCGAUAAGAGUUAUCCAUCCGAUGGUGGAAACGACGGCGUCGAGCCCCAAUGGCGUCAACCGCCGCCGCUGGAUCCCAUCGCCGUUCACUUUCCUUUGGAGUCACAAGGCGGCUCUAACUGCAUUCUGGAUUCUCUUCUUCUUCCUCAUAUUCUACUGGCAGCGGGACGCGGCUUCCGUUGUCGGCGGCGCCGGCGGCCUGCUAGCUUUCCGGCGGGUGAAUCAGCCGCCUCGGCCGAUUCCGAGGCUACGUCCGGUGGCGUUCAAUUUGACGGACUUCGGAGGCGUCGGGGAUGGGGCGACUCUCAAUACGGCGGCGUUUGAGACGGCGAUAAUGGCGAUUUCGAAGCUUGGGAAACAGGGCGGCGGCCAGCUGAAUGUGCCGCCGGGAUAUUGGCUGACGGCGCCGUUUAACCUCACCAGUCAUUUGACUCUGUUCCUUGCUGAGGGCGCUGUUAUUCUAGGGAUUGAUGAUGAGAAGUAUUGGCCUCUGAUGCCUCCGCUACCUUCUUACGGAUACGGGAGAGAGCAUCCGGGACCACGAUACGGAAGUUUAAUCCACGGACAAAACCUCAAAGACGUCGUAAUUACAGGGCAUAACGGUACGAUCAACGGCCAGGGUCAAAGAUGGUGGAAGAAAUUCCGACGGAAGCUUCUGAACCACACGAGAGGACCGCUCGUGCAGAUUAUGUGGUCUAGUGACAUAGUGAUAUCGAACAUAACAUUGCUCGAUUCUCCUUUCUGGACUAUCCAUCCAUUCGACUGCAAGAACGUGACUUUGAAAAAUUUAACUAUUCUCGCGCCCAUCUUCGAAGCGCCAAAUACCGAUGGCAUUGAUCCCGAUUCGUGUGAGGAUAUGGUGAUUGAGGACUGUUACAUAAGCGUUGGUGACGACGGUGUUGCGAUAAAAAGCGGUUGGGAUCAAUACGGGAUCGCUUAUGGACGGCCUUCGAUGAAUAUACUCAUCCGAAACCUUGUUGUUCGAUCUAUGGUCAGUGCGGGAAUAUCGAUCGGAAGCGAGAUGUCGGGCGGGGUGUCCAACGUCACCGUUGAGAACAUCCACAUAUGGAGCUCAAGGCGUGGCGUUCGGAUCAAGACCGCGCCCGGUCGAGGAGGCUACGUCCGACACAUCAAGUACCGGAACAUAACGUUCGACAACGUCCGCGUGGGGAUCGUCAUCAAGACGGACUACAACGAGCAUCCAGACAAGGGGUUCGACCCGAACGCGUCCCCGACGAUCGAGGACGUAAGCUACAAUUCGAUACACGGCGAAGGCGUGCGGGUGCCCGUCAGAAUCCACGGCAGCGACGAGAUCCCGCUGAGGAACGUAAGCUUCCGGGACAUGUCCGUCGGGCUGACCUACAAGAAGCGGCAUGUCUUUCAAUGCGCAUUCGUGCAGGGCGCCGUCGUCGGGUCUAUUUUCCCGGCGCCUUGCGAGAAUCUCGACGUGUACGACGAGCGAGGGCGGCUCGUCCGCCGGUCUGACGCCCGGAACGCGUCGGACAUCGACUACGAUUUCUGAAAAAUGGGUUUCCGACGUCCUUUUAAGGUCAUUUUUUUCUUCCUCAAUUUUAAUUUUUGGGUGAUUCUGAGGAUAUGCUUAAUGUGGUUCUGGGUCUUGUGUUCUUAGAUUUUUUGUUCAUUACAAGUGUGUUUGUGUUUGUAAAUAGAUACAUACAUACAUUCAUACAUACAAUUAUUUCUUACAAA